CAGUCUUGCACAAUUACUUGUUCGCUCAUGCACUCGACAGUCUACUUCCUCCCGAGCGGCUCUCAACCAGUCUAGGACUGCACAUACAUCAUGCUUUUCCUACACUUGCAACACUCCGGCCCUACAUCAUACAGCUCAACCUCGCCCACCUGCACGGCCAUCGGUCGGUUCUCCAGCCGGCCAGUGUCGAUUCCUAUAUCAGUUGCUCGGCACGGAGGCAUUCAGCGACCAGAACCCGGCACUGGAAUCAAGGUUCAUUUCAAGGACUCCAAAGGAAACCAUCUCAAAACCGUGGAGGCUAACGAGGGAGACGACAUUCUCACAAUCGCUCACGAGUACGAUAUUGACCUCGAAGGUGCAUGCGAAGGCUCAGUCGCUUGCUCUACGUGCCAUGUAAUCCUUGACUCGGAAUCAUACGACAAGCUCCCCGAACCUGAGGACGACGAAAACGAUAUGCUUGAUAUGGCAUUUGGUCUCACAGACACUUCUCGUCUGGGCUGCCAAGUGCGGUUGACGAGAGAGCUCGACGGCAUGACUGCCACUUUGCCUGCAGCAACACGCAACAUGUUCGUAGAUGGGAAAAAAUCAGCGCAUUAGCAUAUACUGUUACGGCACCACGCAUUCCGACGCGCCCACAGCGUCGUUAGUACCUAUCCUACUAACACUGCACUCAUCCUAAUGUUACGUUACGCCCACUUCACACUCAUCAUCGCUCGAUCAAUUCUAUAGCUCCACCUGCCGAGCCUUCGUGCUACGUUCCCUAGACGUCUAGCCAGCGUUGCCCAGUCUCCUGAUUCUUGCGAGCAAGUGCGCCGCACAGGCGGCAAAGGGACCAUCUCCGCAACUUUGCCGAACUGGUGCGCGCCCUUGUUCCUGCUUUCUCACCG